AUGGACUACGCCGACGGUGGUGAUGUCCAUAUGAAGAUCAAGAGCCGAGAGGCGUGGACAUGGAACACUGCGCCAGACUGUCCUUCCGAGCCAGAAUGUUACAUAGCGCUCCACGGAGAGGGAGGGAGGGAGACGACGAAAGAGCCGGAGCAGAUCCUGGAAUGGUUCGUGCAGACCUGCUUCGCACUGAAGCAUGUGCACGAACGGAAGGUCUUGCACCGAGACCUCAAGACGCAGAACAUUUUCCUCAUGUCCAAUGGACAUGUGAAGCUGGGCGACUUCGGAAUCGCGAGGGAUCGUCCCUACAACUUCAAAAGUGACAUUUGGAGUUUGGGCGUGGUCCUCUACGAGAUGACCACGUUGAAGCAUCCCUUCGAUGCGGACUCCUUGGUUAUCUUGGCGAGCAAGAUCCUGAAGGACCAGUACCCGCCGCCCGACUCUUCCUACUCACCGGACCUCCUGUCCCUGAUACGCAGCAUGCUUUGCAAGGAUGCGCAGCAGCGGCCGCUGAUCAACAAAGUCCUUUGCUACAGCUUCCUGCAGGACAUCAUGCAGCAUGCCAACAACACCUACCACCUGGGCCUGGACCUGUCGGAGUUCGCCAAGGCAGCCGCUGCUGUACCGCGGACACCGCAGGUCCGUCCACCCCCGGAAGAGCAAGAUGCCUCCAUCACCAGCAAGGGGAUUGAGGCCUCCACUGAAGCCGAAGAGGAGUAUGAGGAGGAGUUUGAGGACUACUCUGGCUCCGAGGACGGCGGCGAGGAGGGCCAGAGCGAUCUGAGGCAUAGUGUUGCCAACCUGAAGAUCGGCGGCGGUGGCGGUGCCUAUGCAGUGGCAGCACCUCCACCGCCCCCAGGCAGCGGCGAAGCACCCGGCCCUGGGGAGGUAAGAGCGCCGUCGGCCACCAGCAGCUAUGCUGCCAAGGCGGCCUCCCUGCGUGUCUACCUUCGAGACCAGAUGCCGGAGGAUGAAUUUCGGACGGUGCACUCGCUGGUGUGCGCGUCUGGGGAGGUCAGUGCACAGGAGCUGCAGCAGCGUGUGCAUGAAGUUCUGGGGGCGGACAAGGCUCUCGAGCUGCUCACACUCUUCCAGCUGCUGUGCUUCUUGGAGAACGUCUCGGCGGGGAACUCGGACGUUCAGGGUUGCAAGUUUCGCAGUACUCCCCUGGUGUUGACAGCAAAUCUGUGGAACAACCGCUACGCACCGGAGAGAGUGGAACAAGAGAUGCAAGACAGCACAUUGCUGAUCGAUGUAUUCGGUCGAGACGUUUUGCCGGGAGCUUCCCAGUUCAUGUUUAAAGCAUCAGGGAAUACGGCAGGCUGCUGGGGCUAUUGGACGCUGGUGAAGGUGAGCCUGAGUCGGAUCUCCUUUGCCUUCGAUACCCUGAACGGGGGCAGUCAAAGCUUGGAUGCCCAGGGUGCUGUCCCAGCAUGGUCGAUGCAGCAGAGAUGCAGGAGCAUUGGCGCCAUCCCCUUGGGCGUGGCAGCCACGGCGUUUGCGUCAGGCCUAAGGCAAAGCCACUCCGUGCCCCGCGGCCCUCGCUGCGCGGCUGCGGGGGCCGAUUCCCUUGGGGCCAUGACGGAGCUCCUGCUGCGACUGCGCUCCUCGGAGCCAGCUGUCCGCGAGCAGAUGCUGCAGGAGGAAAGCGAGAAAGGGCUCAAAGCCAUCUGCGCUGGCCUUGGCCUGAAACGCAUCAGCGGCUCCCAGGAAGAACUCCUCGAGCGCAUCGAGGAGGCGCUGCUAGAAGAAGAUGCCUUCUAUCAGUCCGACAGCCCGGUCCUACGCAUCAUUGAGGUCAUGGGGGGCCUCAGUGACGCGGGCCGUGCUGCGGGCUUCCUUGCGGACAAGUACCGUGCGGUGGAUCUGAAGGGCUUCUGCAAAGCCUUAUGGCUUCCAGUGAGCGGUACGAAGGUACAGAUGGCAGAGCGAAUCGCUGCCAAGGCCAGUGAGCUGUCCAAAGUCCUGCGUGCCAAGCGGGCAGGGCUGGGCAGUCCGCCCUCGUCCAACGCGGAGGCUCCGACGCAGCGUCGUCGCCCAGCUCAGGUCUCGCGGAUAAUGGAGGAGGUGAAAGAGGCCGAGCUUGGCGCAGAGGAUGUGGCCGGAGCGCGGCGACCAGGAGGAGACAUCUUCGAGCCCACAGACGCUGAGGUGAUGGACGCCGAGGAGGUAGAGCAGUCGGAGGCGGAACCCAGCGGAGGCCGGUCUGGCGCCUCAAGAAGCAGCCGACGGCCGGCCGCAGUAGCCGAGAUCUUCGAGGCGGCAGCCAAAGUCAGCAGUCGCCACAGCGGUUCUCAGGAGGAAUUUGAGAUCAGCCUCGGCGAAAGCCUGGUUGCCGGACCUGACGUCGAGGACGACGACGACCUCGACGAGGCACCCGAGCUGACUGCCGGAAGGGGGUUCUAUCCCCAAGCAGGCGCUGAGGGCGCCCCAGGUGAGAUCGUUGACGAGGAGGAGGAGCAACGAAAGCAACGGCGCUUUGUGGAGCGGCGGCAGAAGCUGAUGGGCUACGUUGUGGAGGAGGGGGCUGCGAUCUACGGGAGUCAGAAGGAGCAGUACCUGGCAGACCUUCAGCAGCUCUUGAAGGAUGCUCCCACCGAGACCAGGGGCCAGUACCUGCAGGACAAGCUGGAGGAGCCGACCCAAGAAAUGCUGGCCGUCCGCCUCCCCGAGGUCCUCGGCACUCCCCGAGACGGUCCGGAGUUCGCGGCAUGGCACGUGGAGCCUUACCAGGAGGAGAUGCAGAUGGUGGGUGAGCUUGGCCCGGCGAGGGUAGCUUGGUGCCAGUGGUGGGAUCGAGUUCAGGGGUGCGGUCAAGUCAUUGACUUCGUCGACCGAGUCGCCGUCAAUGUGGUCUCCGCGGCCUUGACGACUGGUGCCAACGUUCAUCCACAAGCGAAGUAUCUCAUGCAGGGCGAGUUUGUGGAGUAUCGGAGGGUCGAGGCAACCGACGGCAAUGCCCGGGCCAUCCUCAUUCGCGGGGUCAAAGGUUGGCCUUUGGCGUGCGAGGUCGCUUCACUGGACCCGAGCCGGGCGCUACCAGCCGACUAG